CCCCAAAAGGUUUCCCUUGUUCUCUUCAUGAAGUCAGAAGAUGAGUUGGAGUGAUGUCAUCCAGAGAAUAAUCUUCCUCUCCCUCAUUGGACCUGGAAUUGUGGGGAACUUCCUUGUACUUGUGAGAUAUGUAUGUACAUUAGUCAUGGGGUCUGAGAAAAAACCCACAGACCUUAUCCUCAUCCACUUGGCUGUUUCAAACAUCCUCAUUAUUUGCACCACAGGGGUCAGAGACAUAGCCACCAUCCUUUAUUUAAGUCACUUCCUAGGUGACUUUGUUUGUAAAGCUGUGGUUUACCUGAACAGGGUGGCUCGGAGCCUCUCCAUCUGCACCACUUGCCUCCUCAGCAUAGUCCAGGCCGUCACCAUCAGUCCCAGGACCACCUGCUGGAGAAAGCUCAAACCACACAGUGCCUGGCAGCUUCUUUCCUACCUCCUCCUCUUCUGGGUCCUUAGUCUUCUGAUAAGCUCUAACCUGCUCCACUACAUCACAGCAGUCAACAGCGUGAACGGGUCUGGAGUUAGAAUGCAUUUUGGGUAUUGCUACAUGCUGCCAGCUGGGCGAAUAGUCAGGUGGCUUUUCCUCUCCCUCAUGGCCCUUCGGGACCUCACCUUUCAGAGUGUCAUGGGCUGGAGCAGUGGGCACAUGGCUCUCCGUCUGUACAAACAUCACAAGCAUGUCCUCUACCUCCAGAGCUCCAGGACUACAAAACAUCCCAGCCCUGAGGUCAGAGCUACUCAGAGCACUCUCAUUUUCAUGAUCUGUUUCCUCUUCUUCUAUUGGACAGACUUCAUUUUCUCCUUCUGCCUGGGUUCCAUCUUGACAGAUGAUUCCACAAUAUUCAAUAUUAGAAUAUUUAUAGAACUAGGUUAUGCCUGUCUCAGCCCGUUUGUUCUGAUCAGCAGGGAUGUUCACAAAGCUAAAUGCUGGCGUGCUCACUGA